UGUCUUACACUGUGACAAUUGCUGACAAGAUCGCUAGAGCUAGGUCGACGUCAAAAUAAUUUUCUAAACUGAAGUGGAGUGAAUGAAAGUAUUUUGGUGAGCUUUCUCUGCAUGAUCUCGUUCCGUGCGCGUACCUGGUGGACCGUACCCGUGGACACAGCAGUGGCUAGUGCAACGCGAGAGGCGGCCUGUUUAUAUUAGCUGUGCGGUAAUGGCGUCCCGGAACACUGUGGCAAAGGUGCUGGCAUCAGUGCAAGGACGAUGUAUGUGCCCUGCUCACUCGCAAGCAUUCAACGGUGCACGGUAUCAUCGCUGCACGAGCAGCAGCAGUGGGGAUCAUGGCUUGAAGCCGAAGGAAUAUGCGGUUGAGAUGAGCUCUUCAUCGGUGAUCUAUGGACCCGGUGUCACCAGAGAAGUUGGCCACCAAAUGCUGCGCCUUAGAGCCAGCAAGGAGCUACAAGAGCCACCUAACAUUGGUCUUUUCACUGAUGGCAAGCUGGUUUCCAUGGAAAUGGUUCGAACGGCACUCGACUCUCUGGAAUCCACGUGCGGCAAGGUGCACUUGUUCUCAGAUGUUCGCAUCGAACCCAACACAGAGAGCAUGCAGGCGGCAGUUGAUUUUGCACGCGACCACAAUCUAAACGGCUACGUUGCGGUUGGCGGUGGAUCCGUGAUAGACACGGCCAAGGUAGCUAAUCUUCUCAGCGUAGCUCGCGAUGCCGACAUCUUUGACUUCGUCAACCAGCCGAUGGGCAAAGGCCAGGAGCCACCUCCGAACCUUCACCCGCUUAUUGCAUUGCCUACAACAGCUGGUACCGGAAGCGAAACAACUGGAGUUGCGGUGUUUGACUAUACAGCGAUGAAUUCCAAGACUGGAAUUGGUCACAAGUCGCUACGUCCAGACCUGGGCAUGAUCGAUCCACACAGCGUCGCUACAAUGCCAUCACGUGUGACCGCCUGGAGUGGCUUCGAUGUGCUUUGCCAUGCCCUGGAGUCGUUCACAGCCAUACCAUACACCGAGCGUCCUGUCGGACCAACACCAUCAUACAUACGCCCUGCUUACCAAGGUAGUAAUCCUAUAAGCGAUGUCUGGUCAUUGCAUGCUCUCAGAAUGACUGCCAAGUAUUUACGAAGGGCUGUAGCAGACCCGGGUGACACGGAGGCGCGUUCUGAAAUGAUGCUAGCCAGCAUGAUGGCGGGGGUUGGGUUUGGCAAUGCUGGAGUGCAUCUAUGUCAUGGUUUGUCAUACCCGCUGGCUAGUCUGAACAAGACAUACCAAGCCGCAGAAUACCCGACUGACCAUCCCAUGCUGCCUCACGGCCUGUCCGUCAUUAUGACCGCCCCGGCCGUCUUCAAGUACACCGCCAGUGCUUGCCCCGAAAGGCACUUACAAGCAGCAGAAAUCCUAGGUGCGGACAUUAGCAAUGCAAAGCUGAGUGACGCCGGAGACAUACUGGCGGAGGAGCUGCGCAAGUUCAUGCACGACCUGGGCGUGCCCAACGGUAUACGCGAGUUUGGAUUCAGCGCUAGUGAUGCGGCUGACCUUGUUCAGGCUGCUAUGCCAAAUAAGCGUGUGUUGAUGCUGGCGCCGCAUCCCCUCGUCGAGGAGCACCUUGCCUCCAUCUACGAGAACUCGGUCACCGUCUUCUAGGUAUACUGCUGCGAACACCCUGACUGACACUUCCAUAUCUAACCUGUAUCUGAUGUCUAUCCUAUCUUUAAGGGGUGUAACUUUAUAGUGUUUCCUAACUUUGGGUGGGGUCCUUGCGGGCAGGAGGUGUGUUUUAACGAUGACGCACAAUUCUGAACUCGGAUAGAGAGCAAUUACAAUAAUUAAAUUUAUGUUAUUUCUAUAACUUAGAACUUUCCAAGUUGGAAGGCUGCUGGAGUGCGCAUGAAAGAUGUGCUAGAGCUGUUAGCCAGUUAGUUGUAGAACGUCAGUAACGUCGGUCAGUGUCGUGCAAUGCUAUCGCAUGAGCUGAUUGUUUAGUAACUGGUGGUGUUCGUGGACAGUAUAGCGUAACUUGUAGUUCCUCGGUUUUUCUCUUUUGUAUAAAUUAAACCUUGGCUCUCCAUCUGAGUUCAAAUUUAUGAGAGAUUAUUAUUUUUUAGUUUUGGUUGAUGUGUGGUUCGUAUGUCUUGCUCCCGUGCCAGACCUUGCAGGUUUGCCAUGUCAUUGAUCUUGUGAGAUAUUUCUCUAGCGGAAAGCUAGCUAGCUGAGUGCA